AUGGCUUUCUCGUUUAAUGCGACGCCAGCAGCGUCUAGUGCUCCCUCUGGCUUUAGUUUUGGCACAAAUACAGCGUCCUCAUUGACUCCAAAUGAUUUUAACUUUAAUAAUGGUACUUGUACUUCAUCUAGUGCCUUCAAUCGUGGCUCUACAACGUCAGUAGGAGCUCCAGGAUUUCAUUUUGGUGCAACACAAGGGUCCGGUCAAUCACAAGCAGGAGGAGGAGGUUUUGGAGGCUUUAGCUUGACGACACACCCAGGCAAUACAUGUUCAUUAAUAACGCCACGAAUUACACUGGAAACAACAUUUGAAGUACUACCGGAUGAUGUCAAGAAGAAUAUGACGCAAUUUCAUGCUUUUUUAAAGGAACAAGAUCAAUUGGAUGCAUUUCUUAAGACAGUCUCAUGUCGUCCGAUGGAGUUACUACGGGAGAAUAUAGGACGCUUGGAACAACAAGUACUAGCAAGACGUAAUCGUCAAGAUCGUCAGACAUCGGCGGUUCAACAUUUGCGUCAGGAUGUACGGCAAUUACUUCAUCAAGUCGAUGCGGCGACGCUUAGUCGUCGUAGUCUUGACAAUAGCAAUAAUGGUCCUGCUCCAAACAUGUAUCACGUCAUGCGACGUGUGGAAAUGCCAUCGCCGUAUUAUUGGGAGCUACUUGAUCAUUACGAGCAAAAGAUGGCAGUUAUCAAGGCACAGAUUGAAGAUGUAGAAGCACAAUUGGAACCUUUUGAUAACCGACAGGAUGACGCGGCGAAUGCGGGUGGAGUACCGGCACCGGCUCAACUGCAGCAAAUUUUGAUGGCACAAAACACUGCGCUCAUGCAGGCUGCUGCUCGUGUGGCUGAAGUGCACGAGAAGGCUGAGGAAAUGCGGCAGCUAUUUCUUGCAAAAAUGCAGGAAGAUUUGGCUCGACGUGGUGAAAAGAACCCGGCAGCUUUUCAAAAUCCGUUCGACAGACGCAAGAAAAACACCGAGGCGGACAAACGCCAGGCUAUUGACAAGGUUCGCUUUCGCACCAGUGUUGCGCCUACAAUUGUUGCCCCGCAGCCAGUGGCCGCGGCCCCUCCUGCUACGACGUCAGCUUUUGGAUUUGGAACUACGACUCCUGCAGUAGCGACUACUCCAGCUCCUGCCAGCGGAUUCAGCUUCAGUAAUUUGUCUGCUCCAGCCAAGUCGGUGUCAUUCAACCUCGCAGGCGCUACAGGUACAUCCAUCGCACCACUUGCCGCGACCACCAGUGUGACGGCUACACCCUUUGCAGCUGGAUCGAUAGCAGCAGCUCCUGGAGCCAGAGGAUUCACGGCCCCCACAGUAGCCACAAGCGGUUUUGGCAGCCUUACGUCUUCAUUCCUUUCACCUCCCGCAACCGAUGGCAAGACCUCCGUCGGUUCUAAACGUGGUAGUGGCCGUGCGCAGAAGAAACGGUAG